AGUAGACGUCAAAUAAUGUCAAAUAAUUCUCGCGUUUUGUUGGUGUUUUGAUUUUACUCGGCUCUAUGUUCAAAAACAACGAUAGUUAAAUAAAAAUGAUUGUCAAUGUAACUUAAAUGACGUGUCAUAACAUUGCGAUUAUCACAUAGAGGCUAAAAGUGCAUAUCAAAUAAUAUUGAUAAGAGGUGUGACAAAAUGAGUCGAAAUAUAUUAAAGAGCAGUAUUCAGAAUGCCUCCUUCAGCAUCGUUUUUCAGAUAUUCUGUCGGUGUAUAACAUUUGGCAUCAAUGCUUUUAUUGUACGUCGCGUUGGACGCGAUGUUUUGGGCAUUAUGAAUGUGCGUCUUCUUCUCCUGGAAAGUACGUUGAUUUUCCUAUCGCGAGAAGCAGUCAGCCGGGCAUCGUUAAGUUCAAGAACGCAAGAGAAAAACAAAAGUACAUGGCCGCAGUUAAUCAAUCAAAUUUGGAUCACGGUUCCAAUUUGUUUCAUACUUGCAUUACCUGGCAUUUUUAUUUGGAUAAAUUUUCUCACCGAAGUUGAAGAAGUUUACUCCGCACAAUACAAAUUCGGUUGCUAUGCUAUUGCAAUUUCUUGCAUCAUCGAAAUGUGCGCUGAAGCACCAGUAUUUAUCGGACAAGUCUUUUGCUUUGUCAAACUAAAAAUCGUUAUGGACACACUUCACAUACUGGUGCGAUCGUUAAUCUUUAUCACCGCAGUGCUUCAAGAUAGUAACAUUGCCAUUUACGCUUUUGGCUUCGCUCAGCUAUCCAGUGCGUUUACCAUAAUUAUCGGCAACUACCUGUUUUUCCACGUGUACAUCAAGAAAUUGAAACAGUAUCGGUUGGAUGUGGCCAAAAAGACUGACGACAACGAGAAAACGAUUCGGUUACAUGAGCCAUAUUACGAGAAUAUGGACGAUUUUCCAUUUAACAGUAUUCUUGAGAUGAUACCCGGUGUAAUGCAAAACACCGGCACUUAUUUCAAUUCGGAUUUGAAGGUGCUGGUGUGGAGUUUUGCCAAGCAAGGAGUGUUGAAGCAAGUGUUAACUGAAGGCGAAAAAUAUGUUAUGUCGUUGAGUCCAGUGCUUUCGUUCAGUGAACAGGCCACAUAUGACAUUGUUAACAAUAUGGGCAGCUUAGCAGCAAGAUUUAUAUUUCGACCCAUCGAAGACAGUAGUUACUUUUAUUUUACACAAACAAUAGCCAGAGAUGUUGCUUUGAAGGAACAAAAUCGGGAUAAAGUUAAUGAGACUGGAGAGGUUUUAUCAAAUAUUUGCAAAGCAGUCACAUCCAUUGGACUAUUAGCGUUUAUUUUCGGUCAAAGUUAUGCAGGAACCGUGUUACUCCUGUAUGGUGGAUCGGAUUUUGUCGGUAAUGGUUUACCAGAAUUUUUAUUGCGAUGGCACUGUUUAGCGAUUGUCCUGUUGGCGGUUAAUGGGAUCACCGAAGGAUACAUGUUUGCAACUAAUACCAGUAAACAAAUAGAUACAUACAACUACUACAUGGCCAUAUUUUCGGUAACAUUUCUCCUACUAUCGUACCAACUCACAAAUCUGUUCGGACCAGUCGGCUUCAUAUUGGCCAAUUGCACAAAUAUGAUUUUUCGCAUUUCGUAUAGCACAUUUUACAUUUACAAACAAUAUCAGCCAAUCAAACUGAACCCAUUAAAUGGUAUACGUCCGGGAAGGUUAUUCUUCAUCGUAUUGCUGGUCAUGGGAAUCGUAUGCAAGGUGUCUCAGAAAAGAGUUUUCGAGAAAUCGAUAGUUGGUCAUCUGCUUAUCGGUGUAGUUUGUACAACAGUUACACUCCUAGCAUGGGGCUAUGAAAAUAAACAUUUGAUUCGAAUAGGACUAGACAAAUACAGAGCCAGUAAGGAAAAGAAAUCGUAGAGGAUAUGGACGAGAUUUUUAUGUUGAUUUUCCGCCUUUAUAAGGGCUACGUAUGCAAUCUGUGAUCGCACAAAUAAGGUCGAAAAAUUACAAAAUCAUAUCGACUAUGUCCCGUCGCGAAAAUGUAAUGAAUUUAUUGAAUGUAUUUGUAACGACACAAAAAAAUCGAAGUCACAGUUUGCAUAUGAGUAGUCCUUUAUAGUGUCUUGUUGCUGUACUUAUUAAAGCUCCUUUUAAGAAA